UAGUGUGAGCAAGAAGUCUGGAGUGGAGUGGUCAGCUUACUGUCUCUCCGGCAAACAGUUUGUCGCCUCUUCCAAGUCCAGCUGGUUCAUCAUGUCGUGCCUUAGCGUCCUGGUGGCGGCGGGAAUGGCAGUGCUGUGUCUUGGCAUGCAUCCUCGUCACUCACACCAUCAGGAGCCCGUGGUGUGCGCCUUCCACCACUCCUGCUCCUACCGCACAUCCAAUGCCUCCUCCCUUCUCGAGUGUUCCUGCGACGAGAGCUGCAGGAUGCACGGAGACUGUUGCCGCGACUCUCAACAUUACAAUCCACAGGAGCAGAAAAGCAACAUGAACGACUACGUGUGUGUCGCAGAUACGCUGGCAAAAAAUCACGUGUACGUGAGAGCUAAGUGUGCGGAAGACUGGGACAACGCCGAGGUGCAGGCACUCUGCAUGAAGGGAAGCACAAUACCUGACAUUUUUUACGGUGUUCCCGUCACCUCUAGAUUAAGCCAGUCCUAUGCCAACGCUUACUGUGCCAUCUGUAACUACGAGGAUCCAGUGUUUUUUAAGACGUGGAAUGCCUACGUGGUGUGUAACACAGUGCCAGUCCCACCAGUCUAUAGCAAUGAUGACGCCGUGCAAUAUAAAGAUAAUGUCACGUUUGCUAUCAGUGAUGACUAUGACAUUAUGUAUAAUGAAGGAAGGUGGGGCAUCAUUCCACGUGGUUCAGGUGAUGUCACAGCUUUCACGCCCUGCCGCACUGACUUCGUAGUGCCUCGCCUUCUGCGCUAUGCUACCAGGCAGUGUCUGCCCACAGUGAAGACUUGCAGCGAUGAAGAGGUAGAUGAACACAACCGGUCUCUAUGUGAACGUUACACCGCUAUUGUUUACCACAAGAGCCUCAUAUUUAGGAACCAGCACUGUGCCUCUUGCAACGGGUAUAAACAGUUUACUUGUGCACAGUCCCCUGCUCUUGCUUCUACUCCUCCUGCUCGCCCUGCACUCACCAUGCUCCUACGUCUGCGGAAUACCCUUAUGAGCCCGUCUGCUGCUUGUGAUGUUGCGAUAGAGACGGACCAGGCUGAAGAAUGCAGACCGAUUAUUUGCCCUCGACCAGAUGAAGAAUUUCGUCACGGCAGAUGUGUUUCCGUGCAAGGUGAACCUACACUCACCGCGAGGGAAUCACUGUGUCCCUUCUAUCACUCCUGUUCUAUGCCUGAUUACCUUCAUUCUAGAGGGUGCUCCUGCAAGGCCACCUGCAGGCAGUACGGAGACUGCUGCCGCGAUUCUCAGUAUUACGACGAGGCUGAACAAACUAAGAAUGCCAAUCAAUAUGUGUGUCCAAGUGAUUUGUAUAACGGAGUAAAUGUGCACAUGAAGGGCAAGUGUUUGAAGGAGUGGGGCAACACAGAUGUGGAGGCGUCAUGUUUGAAGGGAAACGCACAAACUGGCGAUUUCAAGCUAUUCCCCGUCACCAGCACUACCACUGCCAUCACCUAUGUCAACCACUACUGUGCCCUCUGUAACGGCGAGGACACAGCCUCUCUCAGGAUGUGGCUCGCUAAAGUUGAAUGCAGCACUAUCUCCAACGCGGACUUUAUCAACAGUUAUAACGUUGCGUUCUAUGAGGGGCAGUGGGGUAUCUUUGAACCAAGCCUUGGUCCUUCAUCCUUCACAGGUUGCUCCUUUCAUUUUGAGAUCCCUGAAGAGAUAAAGAACUACACCACACCGUGCUUGCCCGCCGUGAACACUUGCAGUGAUGCUGGGCCAGACCAACGCGAUCAGAUCUUGUGUCAGUCUUACUCCGCUGCUGUAUAUAAUAGAAAGGACAUAUUUAGGAACCAGCACUGUGCCUCCUGCAAUGGCUAUAAAGAGUAUUAUUGCGAGCAAAGAAUAAUUGAUGUACGUAUUAGUAGUAUCCCACCAUACUUCGCCAUGACAGUUGAUUAUUCAGAUUCUUGUGGCAGUAACCUUGUCGGACACAGAGGAGACUGGGACUCCAAGCUCGGGAGGUGUGUUGAAACCUUUUGUAUAAAACCAAAUACAAGACGCGAAAUGGGGAAAUGUGUUGCUCCUUAGCACGACACCAGCGAGAUCUAAACCCUACCAUCCACCACCAUGUCUUCUGCAGUUUACUGUGCUCGUGUUGCCCGGCUGUUAGUUGCAGUAAUGAUAGUUAUUAUAUCUUGAAAAAGAAAAAAACCCAUGGUGUUUCCUUCCUAUCAGCCACGACGAGAGAUAAGUGUGGAUGGGGGUUGGCAGCGGCUUCCGUCUUUACUAUCUUACGUCUCUUGCUUCAGUUUUGAAACUUUAGCUGAUCACACUCUCUUACGGUCCAACACGCCCACUGAUCGUAAUUCAUUCUUUAUAUAUUGAUUUUUGUACAGUGAUAUGACAAUGAACAAGGAAGGGUAGGUCGGUCCACACAUGUGCCAGUCAGUGCAACGCGCCUGUAGGGAAUCAUAUCAGCUGCAACGCAACUGCUGGGAAAAAAAAUCCUUCACAUCCACUCUCAGCAUCCGGUCCAUCGCGUUCAUGAAGAGUACUGGUGAUGACUGCCUCAAUACGUUGCUGUCUGAGACAGAGCCUACCAGGCAGACCCGGCACCAUCACACGCACGCCAACACUCACUACGCGGAGCGUAGCACUAUGAGACUUGUUUUUGAUUCACUAGAUGCCAAUAAAGUCAAAAGCUGAAUGCUGUGUGAUUACUAUGACAUCCUCCAUAU